UAGGCCCCGCCCACCGUGGGCGUGGUGCGCAGGCGCGCGGGAGGAUUUCCCCCCCGCCCCGGCUGAGCCGCUUGGGCGGGGAGCGGCGCGGCGCGCGCCAUGGCGGGGCCCAGCCUGCGGCCGCACGUGCAUUGGGCGCAGCGGCACCGCGAGCUCUACCUGCGCGUGGAGCUGAGUGACGUACAGAGCCCGGACAUCGCCAUCACCGACAACGUGCUGCAUUUCAAAGCUCGGGGUCAUGGUGCCAAAGGGGACAACAUCUACGAAUUCCAGAUUGAGUUCCUCGAACCGGUUGAGCCUAAACCCGUGUGCAGGGUGACUCAAAGGCAGCUGAACAUCACCGUGCAGAAAAAAGAGAGUAACUGGUGGGAGAGACUCACCAAGCAAGAGAAGCGCCCACUCUUCCUCGCUCCUGACUUCGACCGCUGGUUAGAUGAAUCGGAUGCUGAAAUGGAGCUGAAGGAGAAGGAAGAAGAAAAGAUUAACAAAAUGAAAAUAGAAUCCAGAGUCCCGAAAGACCCUUUCAGACACCUGAAGAAGGGAUACUUAAUCAUGUAUAAUCUUGUACAGUUUUUGGGAUUCUCCUGGAUUUUUGUGAACAUGACAGUACGACUGUUCAUCUUAGGAAAAGAUUCCUUCUAUGACACAUUUCACACUAUUUCUGACAUGAUGUAUUUCUGUCAGACCCUGGCAUUAAUGGAGAUCAUGAAUUCCCUAAUAGGACUAGUCAGAUCACCGCUGAUACCUGCUGUACUGCAGAUAUUUGGGAGAAACUUUAUUUUGUUUGUUGUCCUUGGAAGCUUAGAGGAAAUGCAGAGCAAACCUGUGGUGUUCUUCCUGUUUUAUUUCUGGAGUAUCAUUGAACUGUUCAGGUAUCCAUAUUACAUGCUUUCUUGCAUUGGUAUUGAAUGGAAACCACUCACCUGGCUCCGUUAUACCGCCUGGAUCCCUCUCUACCCUUUAGGAGGCUUGGCAGAAGCUGUCUGUAUUGUUCAAUCCAUUCCAAUCUUCAGUGAAACAGGGAAAUUUAGUCUGGGAUUGCCAAAUCCACUGAAUGUCACAAUCCAGUUUUCAUUUUUGCUUCAACUAUACCUUAUAGCCUUGUUUUUAGGAGUAUUUGUAAACUUCCGUCAUCUCUACAAGCAAAGGAAGCAUCACCUCGGACCAAAGAAGAGAAAGAUGAAGUAAAGGAGGACUGCAAUGCUUUCUUACCUAACUUAUGACAAGAUAAGCCUCUAAUUAUUACGGUUUUACCCCCUGUAAUGUAAAGAAUUUUGUAAAAUUAAAUGAUCACGCUAGAUUUCAUGAUUUCAUAGUGAAUUCAGGUAACAUUCCCACACACUGUAUUUUGUUCCUUUUCAGUGCAUGGCAUUCACCAUUGAACAGUAACAUUUAAACUUGUAUCCUGUCAGCUACCAUGUUAGAAAGAAAUCCUAUUAUCUGCAUAUAAUAUGCUUAUAAAUGGUGGAGCAGCACUACAUAGAAAUAGUGUUUAUCUUUAAAUUGGAUAUUUGCUCUUUCAGUACUGCAUGCAGAUAGGGUGUCUGAUGUGGGGAUACACUGUUUGCUGGCCUGGGCUGUUCUGGGGUGCAGCUGGAUGGCAGGAGGAGCACGAUCUGAGGCCACUGAACAGCAUUUGGACGUUUAUUUUGGGGUAAACUUGCUCAGCACAUACUCCUUUUCUUCUGCAGCAUAUUGAUGCUGCAAGAAUUAAAACUGGAAGUAGCUAAUAUUGAUUUAAAUGCUACCAACUUAGUUUGUUUCUAGUUUAGCCUUACGAAACAGGAGCGCUGUGUGGAUCCAAGCUUUUCUUUAGGGACACAUCCUUAUUCAGGCAGUGGGGAAUGGAAGCUGCCAGUCUGUGCCAUGGGCAGAGAUGCUUUUGUGGUUGGUAAUGCAAGCACUGAAACAUAAUAAAACAAGGAAACAUAGGUACCAGCUUCCACCUAGCAUGUGAACCCCAAAAGAACUCCAGCCCACCCACACAAAGGGAAAACAGGGACCUGUCAUGGAAGACUGGGCUCCUCUGAUAAUUCCUGGCAGGGCUGUAGCUCCUUAAAUUUAUUUAUAUUCUUCAGAAAGGCAGUAAAUAUUGCUUUUCUACUUAAACUUAGGAGUGCAGCUGAGAAUUUGCUGUAUAUGCUUUGUUGGCUGGUGCCCAGUGGGAUAGAGUAAUGGGUCAAAUAAAACCCUGUAUUAUUUUGAUAGCAGGUAUCAGAUCUGAGUAGGAGAGAUCCCACAGGGGAUUUAAGUGACCCUUUCCUCUGUGCUUGCUUUAAACAACACCAAAAAAGAGGAGCCGCCCCCCCCCAUUCCAGGUCAUCUGCUCUCUUACCUGGAAACCUUUGUUUCAGUUGACUUGAUUUCAACAAAAAGUUUGCUCUAAAAGUGAAUUGUGGUUACAAACAGGUUCCCUCCCAACAACUGCCACUGCCCCCAGGGAAAUGCCAGAAAUCCAGAACAGGCACUAAAGCUGAGAUUAGCUUAGUGCUGUCUUAGCAUUUAUCUUUUUCUACUGUAAAACACUAUGAAUCCUCCAAAAACUAUUUUCUAUAUUAAAGGUAACAAACAGCUUACAGUUUGUGAUGGGAGCCCAGUGAUUGUUGCUGUAAAGGAAAGGCUAUAGUGUUGUAAGAAGAUUCUAACGAAGAACAAGUAGAAGCUCCACGCUGCAUUUCACAAAUUGUGUUCUGUCAACAAGAGGCGUGAUGAAACUUCUCUUUAGGGAUACCCGAGACUCCCACUCAAAGGAGAGUGCAGCUGAUUUUACUCAGGAGAGAUGAGCAUUAUUUACACACUUAGUAUUUCACUACAGCACACACUGUACCUAUGUUUGAACUAUGUCAAAGGAUUGAAUUAGCUGAGCAAUAGAACAGCAAGGAUCACUUUCAUUCUUUAAUUUCUCCACUGGGCAUUUGAACUUCUGUUAGGAAAUCCGUAUGUAUUACUACUUAUUUCUCAGUGAAACUGUGGUACUUAGUGCAAGCUGUCAUGGAUCUUACACUACUGAAUUUUAGUCCUUCAGAAAGAAUGUGUUUCUAUUAAUAAAGAUUUACAACCAAA